CCAUUAUCAAAUCAGAGUGCUCCUGGUCCACGAGGAGACGGGAUAAAAAUCAGCCAAUUACAAUGCGCAGACGGGAUUCAUUAGCCAAUCAGAGUGCGCGAGAAGGCGGGAUCUUUGCGCUGCUGUGUUUGUGAGUGUUGGAUCGUUGUUGUCCACGCGGGGCGCUGUUGAGUCACCUGGCUUGAACUCGGUGUGUAAACAUCUCGAUGUUCGGGUGGAUGUUCUGCAGGAGGAGGCGGAAGGGACGCGGACGCUGCAGACGGUGAACGCGUGAAGACACAUUUCUCCGCGCAGACGGAUGUGGAAGCACGUUUACCGGCGACGUGCGGCGUGUUUUCGACGCGACAGCAAAAAACACUGGUUGGACUUUAGAGCAUGCUAAUGCUAACAGCUGGUUAGCAUGAUCUGUGGGACAGUAUGAGAUCCAGAAAUUCACAUUUUUGACUCUUUUGUUUGGGUGGAUUUCAAUAUUUCCGUCUGAAGACUGUGAAGUGACUCUGUGUAGCCGCAUUGCUGCUGUUUGAUCUUCAACCUUGUCAUGAUGUUGACUCCAGAAGCUUGCUGUCACGUGACAAUUUCUACUUGAUUGCUUUUAUUUAUUAAUUUUUUUUUUGCAGAUUUUGGAUUAUUUUUAUUAUUGUCAUCAUUAUAUUUUUCCACCAUGCUGUCAUUCAAGCUCGUUCUCUGACGCUGGGUGAUUGCGUCAUCAUUACGUCAUCCCUCCUCUGUCUUGGGUUUGAGCUGUCAGACUGAUGAUCUGUGACUGUUCUGAUGAAGCAGAACGAGGCGGCAUGGCCGGACGCUGGAAACCCUCACGCUGCUCUUACACACGCUUUGUGUUCGGUUUGUUGUUUGUGUUGACAGUUGAGGUUGUGGAGGUUGUUCAGGGUGGUCCUGGGGAUGAAAACGGCUCGGUGGCGGCGGCGGCGGCGGUGGUGGUGCAGAAAGAUGGACAGUUCGACGCCAAUUACUACGACAAAGUGAAUGACAAUAUGCAGAUCAUCUACACCUUCAACCACACCGUCACACGUAACAAGACCGAGGGGGUCCGAGUGUCGGUGAAGCUGCAGUCUGAGAGCACCAAAAGCCCCCUGUUGUUCGUAGUGAGGCAGAAACAGGCCGUGCUCUCCUUCCAAGUGCCACUCAUCCUGCGAGGACUUUACCAGAGGAAGUACAAGUAUACGCAGGUGGGCCGAACUCUGUGCCAGCCCCCACCUCUCGCUCUCUCUGAGACCCAGUUCUUCUACGUGGAUGUGUCCACUCUGUCCACCUCCAGCAUCCAGUACCAGCUGUGGGUCAGCCGGGUGGAAAGCUUCACACUGCAGACAAAUAAGAAGUUCAGCUUCAAUGCAACUCCGUCUCAACCCCAGUUUUUUAAGUACGAGUUCCCAGAAGGAGUGGACACUGUCAUAGUGAAAGUAAACUCUGAGAAGAACUUCCCAUGCUCUGUCAUGUCUGUUCAGGAUAUUCAGUGUCCUGUGUUUGAUCUGGACAACAACGUGGCCUUCAUCGGAAUGUACCAGACCAUGACCAAGAAGGCUGCUAUUACAGUACAGAAGAAGGAUUUUCCCAGUAACAGCUUCUACGUGGUGAUCGUGGUCAAGACGGAGGAUGAGGCGUGCGGCGGGCCGCUCAAGUUCUACCCUCUCUUGCCUGACGAGUUGAUGGAUCCUGGGAACCGGAGCAAAAGCCUGGACGUGGUCGUCUCUCCCGCCAUCCACUCCGAAGUGUACGUCAUGGGAAUGCUGUUCUGUCUCGGCAUCUUCCUGUUCUUCUACGUGCUGACCUUCUUGUUGGCCUGCAUCGAGAACAAGAGAAUGCACAAAAAGAAGGUGGAGCUUCUGAAGCCAGCCGACACGUCCCCGGCCGAGACAGCCUCUCUAUUAGGAAAAACUCCUGCCUCUCCAUAUGAAUACGGUUCAUUCGCUGAUAACGCCAGCACGCUGAGCUCCGAACCCGUGACCGACAGUUUGGCCUCCACUGAUGCCAACUAUGGAUACAUGGAGCGCUCAUUGGACACAGUGGGGCGCUGCAGACAGGAGUCUCUGAGCUCAGUGGAAGAGGACGAGGACGACUACGACACGCUGGCCGAUAUCGACUCUGACAAGAACAUCGUCCGCACUAAGAAGUACCUAUGUGUCUCUGAUCUGGCUCGUAAAGACACACGAGUGCUGAACAAGAAGUACCAGAUCUACUUUUGGAACAUCUCCACCAUUGCAGUGUUCUACGCUCUGCCUGUGAUCCAGCUCGUGAUCACGUAUCAGACGGUUGUUAACGUAACAGGAAAUCAAGACAUCUGUUACUACAACUUCCUCUGUGCACAUCCUCUAGGAGCUCUGAGCUCCUUCAACAACAUCCUGAGUAACCUCGGUUAUGUGAUGCUCGGGCUGCUCUUCCUGCUCAUUGUGCUGCAGAGGGACGUCGUGCACAAGCGUGCACUCAUGCGCAGUGAUGUCAAUGCGCUGGAGUGCGGUAUCCCAAAGCACUUUGGUCUGUACUAUGCUAUGGGUACGGCUCUGAUGAUGGAGGGUUUGCUGAGUGGCUGUUACCACGUCUGCCCCAACUACACCAACUUUCAAUUCGACACGUCAUUCAUGUACAUGAUCGCGGGUUUGUGUAUGCUGAAACUGUACCAGAAGAGACACCCGGACAUCAACGCCAGUGCCUACAGCGCCUACGCCUGUCUCGCUGCCGUCAUCUUCUUCUCAGUGUUGGGAGUGGUGUUUGGAAAAGGGAACACAGUGUUCUGGAUCGUCUUCUCAGUGCUGCAUAUCGUUUUCACAUUGUUGCUCAGCACUCAGCUCUACUACAUGGGCCGCUGGAGGCUGGAUACAGGGAUCGUGCGCAGGAUAUUUAAUGUGAUCUACACAGAUUGUAUACGCCAGUGCAGUGGACCCAUGUACAUAGAUCGGAUGGUGCUACUGGUGAUGGGCAACAUUGUAAACUGGUCUCUAGCUGCAUAUGGUCUCAUUAAAAAGCCAAAUGACUUCGCGUCAUACCUGCUGGCCAUCGCUAUCUGUAACCUGCUCCUGUACUUCGCCUUCUACAUCAUCAUGAAGCUGCGGAGUGGUGAAAGGAUCCAGUGUCUGCCAUUGGUGUUUAUUCUCUUCACUGCUGUAGUUUGGGGCUUCGCUCUUUUCUUUUUCUUUCAGGGACUCAGCACCUGGCAGAAAACUCCAGCAGAGUCCCGUGAGCACAAUCGUGACUGUAUCCUGCUCUCGUUCUUUGAUGAUCAUGACAUCUGGCACUUCCUGUCCUCGAUCGCCAUGUUCGGGUCCUUCCUGGUUCUGCUGACGCUGGAUGAUGACUUGGACACGGUUCAGCGAGACAAAAUCUAUGUCUUCUAGCACCUUUCUUGAGUAAUUAUAGAAAUGUAGAUUGUUUGCCUGAAUGCAGGCGUAAACAUGUGGGGGCGGGGCUCCCUACGGUACAGCGAUGCCGAUGGGACACUGAAUGUGCCGAUCAAAUCUGCCACAUUAUCAGAUCACCGGCCGUAAAGACGAGGUUCGGCGUCUGAAGUGAAGGAAAUGAAACCUGCCAAGCAAACAGCAAUGCAUUUUUCACACCGCUGGUGAUUUAACUGUAUGCUGAGAGCAUGUGUGUGUGUGCGUGUGUGUGUGUGUCCUGUCAACCUGUGGCCUUCUGUGUUUUUGGUCCUGAAGGAAGAAUUGAUUGUAGAUCACUGGCCUUUUCUAAGAAUGAUGACUGAUGAUGAAAUCUACUUUGCAAUGUCUGUAACAGGAAAAAAAAAAAAAACGGCUUUUAAUGAAACGGUUACUGAAUAAAGAAUUUGUAAAUCUUUAAUACUGUGAA